AUGGCCACUGUAGAAACCCUGGGAAAGCUGUCUAAGGAUUCCGGAAAUGAGGGGAGAGGUGUGAAUAUAGAAAAGUGGAAGAGGAUUUCCUGGAAAAACAUAGAAAAGGGGAGUACUAUUAAAAAGAGAGGACCAGCCAUCCUCUCCAAUGACGAUGUCCUAGGCCGUUCUCCAUGGUCAUCACUUGUCACCACCAACGACUUCUGGGGCAAUCCGAUUCGUCUGGAGGGAUCCCAUAAAAGCUAUCGUCCAUUGAUCACCGCCUCGUUUCGGCUUCAAUUCGAAUGGCAUGGUUUGAAAAGUGAAUUAUUCCAUGGGGUCAACUUGAUAUGUCACAUCUUCAAUUCAAUGUUGGUGCUGAAAUUGGCAAGGCAGAUGAAGGUGAUUAGAGAGGAAUUCUCCCUCUUCUCAUCCCUUCUCUUCGCUUGCCAUCCAAUCACUUCUGAAGCCGUUUGUUCGAUUGUCGGUAGAGCAGACUUACUGACCACCACAUUUAUCCUCCUGGCUCUAACAUCCCAUAUCACACGCUCCAACACCAUUCGGACCAUAUUUCUGGCAGUUCUGGCAGUACUAUCCAAGGAAACUGGAAUCAUCCUGAUACCACUAGUGGUGACCUAUGAUGUCUUGUUUAAGAACCCGUCCACCAAACAAUUCCGGCAAGACAUCACCAACCAUUUCAUCGCUCUCUCGAUUAUCUGCUAUCUCCGCCUCUCAAUCAACAACAUCCAAUCUCCGAAAUUCUCCAAAAACGACAACCCGAUUGCUCACGACCCAAAUUUCUUCACCCGAGCCCUCACUUUUCUCUACCUCCCAAUUUUCCACCUAAAACUCAUUGUUUUCCCAAAAACGUUGAGUUUCGAUUGGUCGAUGGAUGCGAUACCGAAAGUUGAAUCGAUUUUGGAUUCGAGAUUUAUUUUGGCCGCCAUUUUCUACACGAUUGGAGCGAAGAUGAUUUGGGAACUCUUCUUCGAAAGACCACAAGACAGAAAUUCAGAAGAUUACAAGAAAAAUAAUUCUGUGUUAUUUCUUCUGGGCUUCCUGACCAUUCCGCACAUCCUAUCAUCCAAUUUAUUCACCUAUGUUGGCUUCGUGGCUGCUGAAAGGAUACUGUAUCUGAAUACAGUUGCAUACUGUAUUUUGGUUGGAUAUGGAGUUGAUGUCGUUUGCAGGAGAUUCCCCACCACCAACCCCCUUCCAUUGCUCACCCUACUUCUCUCCAUCUUCUCCUACCGUACCAUUCAACGUGUCGACGAUUGGAAAACCGAAGAAUCCCUAUUUUCGAGUGCUCUGGAAGUGAAUCCAACUAAAGCGCACAUGAAUUUAGGCUUCGUUUUUACCACUCAAAAAAAUUUCGACUUGGCGAAAUUCCACUAUCAACAGGCGCUCAGGAAAAGGGCGAAUCUAGCAGAUGCCUGGUAUAAUUUAGGCAUCUUGACAUCCAAGACGAAUUCCACGCAGGAAGCAAUCCAUUACUACCAGAAAGCCCUUCAAAGUAGAUCGAACUUCGCGGCCGCCCAUCUCAACGUGGCACUCCUUCUCCACGACACCAACCAACUCCAGAAGGCCUUCUUCCAUCUAGACUCCUGUAUUCAGAAUUCUGGAGACACUCUGAAGUCCUACCGUAACCACCGAAAAACUCAAGCAACAUGUGCCUAUAACAAAGGACGGUUCCUUCAAAAAUCUGGACACUUCCACGUGGCAAUUGAGAAUUUCAAAUUGGCGCUGGAGAUUAUCGAUGGAGCGCAUUUUGAGCACACCUCUAGUGUGCUCAGUUCGCUUGGUACUUGCUACAAUGAGCUUGGUGACGUGGCAUCUGCGGAGAGGUAUUUUCAGAUGGCGAUUUCCGAAAAUCAUGUGAACUCGUUUUUGACGAUGGCACAUUUGAAAAUUCGACAGAAUCAGAGUUACGAGGUGGAGCGGUUGCUUCAGAAGGCGAUGACGUUGGCGCCAGAAUCGGUGACUGUGCUUCAGAAUAUCGCGUUGGCAGAGUAUCAUAUGCACAACUACAAUCGCUCGUUGCUCUUCUAUCGGAAAGCUCUUUCGCUGAAUCCCAGCCACGUGGAAUCGCUUCAAGGCAUCGCGAAUCUUCUUCAAGAAUCCCAAAAUUACGCAGAAUCCGAACUUUUCUAUCGAAAAGUAAUGGAAAUUCUGCCCGAUUCCUACUCAUCUCACGCCAACUACGGAGCCAUUCUUCAUCUGAAUCAGAAGUACGAGCAGGCGUUGAAGGCUUACGACACCGCGCUGCUUCUGAAUCCAAAUGAUGACGUGGCACGAGAGAAUCGACAAAAGGUGAUGAGGAUUUUGCGGAGGAAGCGGAAUCUUUAA